UAUUUUUACAGCCUAUUUGUUGUCCUAAAUGAUGUAUUUUCAGAUCAUAAUGAGGUUCAACAUUGUAAUACUUGCAGUUGUUUUGGCAUUUGAUGUGAUCAUUGUUGCCAAUUCAGAUUUCAUUGGGACAUGGUUAGGAUCAUUUGAGUGUAAAAAUGUCACAUACAAUGUCAGGCUUGACAUAAUCAAUGUAGAAACCCAAGGUGGUCAACUACAGGGAAAGUUAAACUAUUGGAAUGAUGAGACUAUGGUCAGUGGUUCACAUGAAGUAAAAGGAAUUUUCAGCAGGGACACAAACACAUUCACAUUGCUUGGAAUUAAGUGGAUCAAGCAACCAGCUCGUUAG